AAAAAAAAUCAAGUAGCGUUUGCGUAAAGAGGCAUUCAUUUCUGAAAAGGUAAUUCGGUGGUUGGAGCCUGAAAGUACGAUAGAGCGGCAAUCUACACAAUCAAUUCCAAAGAAGAAUCACUUAUUUGAAUAAUCACUUCUUUGAAGUACAGUUUUGUUUUUAAUAAUCGCUUUUUUCUCGCGAUUGACCGUAAUUCAGAACAGAAAACAACAGUGGCAGUGUUGUGUGGAUUGUGAAAUCAAAGCGACGUCGUAUUAUGAUUGAAGCUCAACUGCUAUUGAAUCUCUGAAUCUGAUUCGUUUUUCUUACAAUGGCGUCGUGGCUCAAAGCCGCUGAAGAUUUAUUUGAAGUUGUUGAUCGAAGAGCGAAGCUGGUUGCCAGUGACAUAGCAGAAGAACAAUCUGAUUCCAAGUCUCCAGAAUUAGCUUCAAAUGGGCAAGGAUCUCAAGGCAAAAGGAAGAAAUCAAAAGCUAAGGCUCAAAAGAGAUUGUCCGACCCAUCAACUAUAGUUAGUGAUACUACUAAGGAGAAAAUUGGAUCUCCAGCAGCAACAUUGGAUGUAACAACUCCAAGCGAAAAAAUUGAUCCUGUAGCCAAACAUGAUGAGAGCGAUUCCGUUUCCACAAUUCAACCAAAGGAGCAGCAACCUACUGAUGCAACAUCACCCAUAUUAGAGACUUCGUUGACAAAAGUGCUAGCUAGUGAUGCUGAUAAACAUGACACAGGUGAUGUGGAAGUCUUAGUAAAUGAUACUGCUGUUGAUGUUACUAGUACUUCUGCAAAUAAUGAGCCUGUCAAAGAGACUGCUUCAGAUAUUCAUGAAGCGGAUCCUUCUUCUUCUCCCAAUGGAAUGAAAGGCCCCAAUCACGAAUCUACAAGUACUGACCAAAUUAUCAAGGCUGGAGAUUUAGACUCCAACCAAUAUAAGGAUCAAGAAAAAACUGAAUCUGUGGCUGAUGAUGUAGCUCCUAAUAAUGAUACUAUCCUUAAAGAUUCUGAUAUAAAAGCUGAACCUACAGUGAAUCAAAAGAGUCAAGAGGAUCAUAAAACUGACAUAUCCCCCGAAAAAGUACAGGAUCAGCUUGAAGAGGCCCAAGGAUUGCUCAAAACAACGAAAUCUACUGGUCAGUCUAAAGAGGCAAGGUUAGCUCGGGUUUGUGCUGGACUAUCAUCUCGCCUUCAAGAAUACAAAUCCGAAAAUGCACAGUUAGAGGAACUUCUUACUGCAGAGAGAGAGCUAAGCAAAUCAUAUGAGGCUAGCAUAAAGCAGCUACAAAAGGAUUUGUCUGAAAGUAAAAAGGAAGUUACAAGAGUUGAGUCAAAUAUGGCUGAGGCCUUGGCAGCCAAAAAUGCUGAAAUCGAGGCAGUUCUAAGUUCUGUGGAGGCAGUUAAAAGGCAGGCUGCAUUGUCAGAAGGAAAUCUAGCUUCCCUGCAGGCAAACAUGGAGUCUAUGAUGAGAAAUCGGGAACUAUCAGAGACGAGGAUGAUGCAGGCUCUGAGAGAAGAGCUAGCAUCUGUUGAGCGAAGAGCAGAAGAGGAGCGUGCUGCACAUAAUGCUACCAAAUUGGCUGCUAUGGAAAGAGAAGUGGAAUUGGAGCAUAGAGCAGUUGAGUCAUCUACAGCCCUUGCAAGGAUACAGAGAAUAGCAGAUGAAAGGACAACAAAGGCCACAGAACUUGAGCAGAAGGUGGCACUCCUCGAGGUUGAAUGCUCAUCUUUGAAUCAAGAAAUGCAAGACAUGGAAGUUCGUUUGCGCCGGGAACAAAAAAAAUCACCAGAAGAGGCAAAUCAAGUAAUUCAGAUACAGGCAUGGCAGGAAGAAGUGGAGCGUGCUCGUCAGGGUCAGAGGGAAGCUGACAACAAAUUAUCUUCUUUGGAGACUGAACUACAAAAACUGAGAGUUGAAAUGGCUGCAAUGAAGAGGGAUGCUGAGCAUUAUUCACGUCAGGAGCAUACGGAGUUAGAGAAACGUUAUCGGGAACUGACUGAUCUUUUGUACUACAAACAAACACAAUUAGAAACCAUGGUCAGUGAAAAAGCGGCCAUAGAGUUUCAGUUGGAGAAGGAAAUUAAGCGUCUUAAGGAAGCACAGGCUGAGACCGAAAGAAGUAGAGUUCCUCGUCGAGCAUCAUCAACUUGGGAAGAUGAGAGUGAUAUAAAAGCCCUGGAGCCUCUUCCUUUGCAUCACCGUCACUUGGCUGGUGCAAGUGUUCAGUUGCAGAAAGCAGUUAAACUGCUAGAUUCAGGGGCAGUAAGAGCCACAAGAUUCCUCUGGCGUUAUCCAACAGCUCGAGUUUUUCUAUUUUUCUAUUUGGUGUUUGUACAUCUCUUCUUGAUGUAUCUCAUGCAUCGGCUUCAGGUUCAAGCAGACAGUAUGGCUGAUAGAGAAGUUGCAGAAUCUAUGGGACUUACUAACCAAAGUUUACCAUGAGUUAUCUGAAUAUUCCAUUUAGGACUUUUCUGACUACAUGUUUUCAAAUGUACAUUUUUAAAACACUUGUUUGGGUGGCUUGAUAACAGUUCAGCAAAUACUCAAGCAUGCAAACCCAAAGAAAAACCAACAAGCAUCUAAUCUCAUGGGAGGUGAAUCUUAGAGAAACUGCUGCGGAUUGGAGUUGGGAUAAAAUUGAACUGAAUGAUGAUUAAAUGGAUGGCAGCAUCUCUUUCUCGGCUAGACAUUCCUGUGAAUUGGAUUGUUUAAUCAUGUUUGUCCUUUCCUUUUUAUUUUAUACUGAGAAUUGUAUUUUGAGGAAGUAACAAUAUUGUAGAUACAAAUUUAUUGUUAUAUCAAUUUCUUUUGGUAUUUA